GGUAAAUCCCCGAGCCAAGGCGUCUUGGACACUGUUUUCGUUUUCGCGGGUAGUAAAAAUAUCAUCUAGUUUACUGAUUUCACACCAACGCGGUAAAAACAUGAGUCGCUUGUCCGAUUCAGAUGAACUAGAUGACAGACCAUCUUUUGGCCAGACAACUAACCAGUCUGUCGCCAUGAAGACCAAAGGGACAGUCAAACGCACAUUUGAUAAAAUAAAAGAUGCACGAGAGAAAGGUGACGAGGAUGAUGAUGACAACCUCAGUGCUGAUAAAUACAUCAAGAUCAUGCCCCAACAAGGAGUGCAAAAUCCUCUGGCCAUGAAAAUGAUGAUGAAAAUGGGCUUUAAGGAAGGCAGUGGUCUAGGAAAACACAGUCAGGGACGCAGAGAAAUAGUUGAAGCCUCAAAACAGCGAGGAAGGCGUGGUUUGGGGCAUAAAGUAGAAGGUUUUGAACCAGCAGAUAUUGAAUGGGAUUUUGAAAAAGAGAAGAUAAUCAUGCAAGAGGAAGUAGCAUGGAUCCCUCCAUCAGAUGGAAACAUACCAUCUUUUGAAGAGAUGAUGAGUUGGAAAGUGAUAGGCGAGAAAAAGAGGACAAUUGAUGAUGAAACAAUGUUUUGUAAUGAAAAUAUUCUUGAGCACAUUUUGCUCAGCAAGAGUGUCUUUGACAACUUAGAAGGUGAAGAAAUGAGACGAGCUCGCACAAAGUCAAAUCCAUAUGAGACAAUCAGAGGUGCUUUCUUUCUGAACAGGGCAGCCAUGAAAAUGGCAAAUAUGGAUGCAAUGUUUGACUUUAUGUUCACUAAUCCUGUAGAUGAUCAUGGUAAACCUAUUGUGGGACCUAACGAACUUCUUUACUUUGGGGAUAUUUGCGCUGGACCAGGAGGUUUCAGUGAAUAUGUUCUCUGGAGGCGGAAGGGUGACUGCAAAGGCUUUGGACUAAUGCGAGGAGAGAAUGAUUUUAAAUUAGGAUUUUUUGCUGGACCCAGUGAGAUGUUUGAACCACACUAUGGUGUUGGUGGUCUACAAGGUGAUGGUGAUAUCUUCCGACCAAAAAACCAAGAAGCUUUCAUCAAUUUUGUUCUGAACAACACAGAUGGGAAAGGUGUUCACUUCUGUAUGGCAGAUGGAGGUUUCUCUGUAGAAGGCCAAGAAAACAUACAAGAAAUUCUUUCCAAGCAGCUGUACCUUUGUCAGUUUCUUGUGGCUUUGGGAAUCACCCGAGAAGGGGGUCAUUUUGUCUGCAAGCUUUUUGACCUUUUCACCCCGUUCAGUGUGGGCCUUGUGUACCUCAUGCGUCUUGUCUUUAACCAAGUCUGUAUUUGUAAGCCAGUCACAAGUCGACCUGCAAACUCUGAGAGAUACAUUGUCUGCAAAGGCUUGCGGCCUAACAAAGCUCCUGUGCUGAAAUACAUGGAUGCCAUUAACCAAGACUUGUGUAAACUUCUGACUUCAGUUUCAACAACAGAUGUCAACCACAUUGUUCCCUUACAAACACUUUUAGAUGAUGAAGAUUUUUUCACCUACAUUUACAAUUCUAAUGUCAAGCUUGGAAAAAUACAGAUCCUCAACCCGAAGAUACAGGCCUUUGCACAAAAUGUGAAUCUACAUGAAAUACGGCAGUCAGACGUUAGAAAACAGUGUCUUGAAAGAUGGCAGAUUCCAAAUGAGGUGCGCACAGCUCCUAUAAGGCAAGAUCCUCAAUCAGCCUUUAAUGACUUGGUUGGUGAGAGUGAGCAGGAUAUCUUGAAGCAUGUUCCUUUGGAAUUGGAUCGCAGUAACCUAGAUCAAAUUGACAGUGUGUAUGACUACAUGUGUGUUGUUUCUGGAGACAGUGAACGGACUUUUAUGAUAAGCUGUGGGAAAUCAGUAGUUUUCUUCUGGGACAGAAAAGUACGCAAGUGGAAGAAGCCAGAACAGAUGAGAGUGGAUCUGCCAACCAAGACUUUACUGGAAGUAGAGUUUGUCACAGAACUGCGUGGGGAGGGCAAAGGUCAGAGGAAAGUAACAACAGUUCAUGUCAUGGAUGCACUGUUUUUGUGCGGAAAAGACAUCAGGAGCCGGCACUUCCGAGAGAGGCUAGAUCAACUGCAAAAGUUUGUUAAAGCUGUACACAAAGAGACACGGUCAGAUUUGGUGCGACUGGUUAUGCCUGAUGUAUUUAAACUGGAAGAAGCUGCCCUCAUCUUUGACAGGCUGGAAAUGAAACUGGUUAAGGGCUCAGGUAGUCAGCCAAGACUCUGCUUUCAUAGUCAAACUGGUAAUUUCUACCAUCCUUCUGGGAUCAGCUUUGUCAAAACAGUCAAAGAUCCAUGGACGAUGGCACUGAGCAAGAAGCAGCAGAAAAAGUACUGGUUUAACAAACGGCAGCCUAAUUCUGCUACCUUUGAGUGCCAUCAUGACAGCAUUGCAACAUUCAGAGAUUGCAAGUUGACUGCCUUACGCUGGACAUGGUCUCCAGGAGUCAGAGUUCAUGAAGAUCAAAAUCACCAUGGAGACAUUCAUCUUUCAAAAGAAGAUUUCAUCACCUUUGUUCAAAACAAGCUUAAGUGAGAUAACUGGAACAUGAGAGAAGAAAAUGAUCUUGACCUCAAUAUCCAGAUAAAAAUUGCCUUUUGUCUGGCAUAGCAGAGUGAUCUUGCAGAAGAAAGAGAAUUUGCAGAACUGGACAGGUUUAAAGAAAGAUGUUUCAUGUUGAUGAUGAAAUCACUCAUUCAAAGACAUUCAAAAACAUGCUGCUUCUGAAAAUAAUUUGUUGUCAUAUCAGAGAAGUGUGCAUAUGUCUUAUGAGCUGCUGGUCGUAAGCACAUCCUCAUCCAGUGGUAUUUACAAGAUGUAUUUAUAUAGCAAAGAGAGAGUGAGAGGGGAUGGGUUUUGAAGAUUGGGUGAAAGUGAGCAUAUUCUUGCAGUUUAUCAUGUGUGUGCGUGUGAGAGAGUGUUAGCAUGUGUAUGUGAAAGAGAAUCCAUACAAUAUGUAUUGGUGAAGUACUGGUGGCCUAGUCUGAGACUAGAGGAAACUUUGACAUUACUUCGUAUUUCCAAGAUUUUAAUCUACCAACAAUUUAUCAACCUUGGAUGACCUCUGCUAUUAAACUGUUCAAGUCCUGUCCACACUUUUUCUUUAUCCAUUAUGAAUGCAAACCAGAACUUACAAAAACAACAGCUUUAUGUACAUAUAGCUAUCAUUCUUUUCCUAGUGGUUGAAAUUACAAGUUAGAAUUUUUAUCUGUAUAUUUUUUUAUUGUGUGUAUACUUGCUAGAUAUUUGGAAGAAAUGAACAGAGAUAUGUUAAAGUUGUCAAGGUUUUUUCUAUGUUUUGGUUUAUUAAAGGUUUUUCAGCUUU